AUGCAAGGAGGGUCCCUGACCAACCAUCCAACGGUUAUGAAGGACGACAUUGCACCUCAGCAGGAUGCACAGAGCCUGAUUAAGCACAUCAAGUCGGAUAGAGGAUCUCAGAGCUCCAAGACAUCGCAGUUUGCUCCCGAGAAGUCGGAAGGCCAGGUAGUGGAUGGGAAAGCAGCUCGGUUGAAAUUCUCGGCAAGAUUCGCUCCAUCAAAGCAAAGUUUGCUUGACCCAUCGCACGCACAUCGACCUCAAAGAGCCCAGCAGCAGCGGCAUCACAAUGAAAGGAACAAGAGGCGAGGGUCGAGGUUGCUGAAUGUGCUUUUCGAUGUCCGACUAGAGCAUCGGGAGACUUUAAGGAAUUUGCUACCUAUUCAAAAAGAAGAGGAGAGGGAAAGAAUUUUGAAGCAGCUCAAGGACCUGCACUAUGAUCUCAAGUUCUAUGUUAAUGAAUUGGCGCUUUGGAAUGGAGACAAGUAUGAUACUUGGAGCACCUUCCGACGCAGUCAAGUCUGCAAUGACAUCGAGCAGGUCCAGCAAAGCUUCCUCGACUUUGUGGAAGAGUAUUCGCCUUCGCUGCAGCAGAUUCUUGAUCCCUUGACGCCUCGUGAUCGGCUGCAUGGACUGCUCUUGACCAACAAGGGCUUCGAGAUCAGAAACACCUUGAUGAAAUACACAAGAAUCACAAACCCCGACUACCAAGCUACCGCCGCUCUAGCGAACCGAAUUCCGAAGUCCGAGACAGGGCGAAAGCGUUUUGUUGGUAAGGUGGAGGAGCUGCAAGAAUGUCUGAAAAAGGCAGUGUCAAAUCUGAACGAGGCUUGUGGCAUCAAUGAAAACGGAUCGCGGAGAUCUUUACUGAAAGUAUUGUUUAGAAGUGUCAGCAACAGCAAACUGGAAGAGUCUGAGGAAACAAGCAAAACCUACAGAAGUGCGGACGCCUAG